AUGGAAGCCACAGCCAAACACGAUUUCCAGGCAACAGCAAAUGAUGAGCUGAGCUUUUCUAGGGGGGCCAAACUUAAAGUUCUGAGUAUGGAAGAGGAUAAAAACUGGUACAAAGCCGAAUUAGACGGUCGAGAAGGUUAUGUCCCCAGUAACUACAUCGAAAUGAAACCACACCCGUACGUGUUUCAUUUUUGA